AUGGCAGACCGAUCCCUUGGGACAUGGGGCAUCGACCUCGUCGGCCCUUUUUCCCAUCGCUCCCGGAAAACUCCGAUAAAUCAUCGUCGCCAUCAACUACUACCCCAAGUGGAUAGAAGCCGAACCCUUAGCUUCCAUUACGGCAACCCAAUGCCGAAAGUUCUUAUGGAAACACGUGGUAACCCGGUUCGGUAUCCCAAGGUCGUAAUCUCAGAUAACGGAACACAAUUCAUGGACAAGCGAUUCCGAGAAUUUCUAGAAGGACUUCACAUAUCUCACAACUUCAGCUUAGUAGAGCACCCACAAACAAGCGGGCAAGUGGAAUCGGCCAACAAGAUAAUAGUAAAAGGCCUCAAAAAACGGCUCGACGAGGCCAAAGGACUCUGGGCUGACGAGCUGGGAUCUGUCCUCUGGUCAUACCGAACCACCCCCCAGACCUCUACGGGAGAAACCCCAUUCUGGCUAACCUACGGCUUGGAAGCCAUCAUUCCUGUAGAGGUCGGGGACUUCAGUCCAAGAAGAACUGUUGGCAGCAACGAUGAGGACGCAGAACGAGACUUUAUGGACGAGGUCCGGAGCAUAACCCACCUACGAGAGCUAGCGCUAAAACAAAGGAUCGGCCUAAGGUACAACCGCAGCGUAAUCCGACGAGAAUUCGGCCCCGAUGACCUUAUCUUAGGAUGA